GAUGGAUGUCACAGAUGAUGCCCAGAUCGCAGGCGCGGCCGCUCGAGUAGGCGAGAAGUUCGGCAAGCUCGAUUUACUCGUGAACAAUGCCGCCACUGCUGGCGUUCCCAAGCCAGAUAACUCGGAUAUCCGACAAGUGUACGACAAUGUUCUGUCCGUCAACGUGACUUCCGUUGCAGCCGUUACCUAUGCGUUCCUCCCUCUCUUGAAGAAGUCAGAGGAUCCGAGAGUUAUCAACAUUUCGUCGGCAAGAGGAUCCAUUACGCGGUUGACUGCGAAAGUGAUGCCAAAGACUAUUUCUAUUCCAUAUUGUGUCUCGAAAGCGGCGCUGCACAUGUUGACGAUGGAGAUAGCGGAGGCAGAACCCGAAAUAUUGUUCCAAGCAGUGAGUCCCGGACAUUGUAAGACAGCAUUCAAUGGAUUCCGAGGACCGAAGGAUCCGCUAGACGGGGCGGAGGUUGCAGUUGAGUUGGCAUUGAGCGAGAGGGGAAGUUACAAGAGUGCUCUUUGGGAGAAUGAAGGGAACGGAAUGAUAGAAGUGCCAUGGUAGUUUACAAACGAGAUAGGCCUGAUCAUAUGUA